AGAUGGUCAAAUAUCGAGGGUCGAGAUCGAAAGAAGAAUCGAUCGAUAGAUCGAUUAUAUAAGACAAGCGCCAAUCGUCUCCCUUGACAAAAAUUGCAUAUUUUCAUUGGUGCAUUGCAAGUAAGCAAGAUUAGAUUGAACUUAACCAAACAUAUUACUAAGUGAUAUCAACAAAAUACAAUGUGGCCUAAACAUUUCUUACAUAUAUACGAACUUUUUCAAAAUUGAAUCGUGACUCGAAAUAUAGUUUAAAAAGUAGAUAAUAUUAAAAUGUCAACGUCGAAGAAUAAUGACGUGUUUGGAGAACCAUUGAGGUUGACACACUUGAAACCAUCCUUGGAUACCGAAAAACUUGCAGUAGCAUCACGUCAAGAUGUAUGGCAUAAGUUUAUUAUAUUUAGUUAUCAACCUCAUGGAAAAGCGGAGAUAUUGAAAGCAAUUAUAAAUGCUUGCGAACCAGAUAUUUUACUACCUGUCAAAUAUAAAAAAGAAAACGAAAGUAAAAGUACUUUUCUUGCCCAAUGCAAUUCUAACGCUAUAGAGAAUCUCGUAAAGCAACAGUUGUGCAUAUUAUUACCUGGUGGUUUUGAAAUAUAUAUAGACAUUGUAUUAGGAUUCAUUACCAAACGAGAAUUACCUAUUAAUCUUAACAAAAUAAUAGCGCAAACCUUUUAUCAAAGAUACGAGUCAGCAAAAAAGAUACUUAAUCUGGACGACUUUGAGAACGAUAAAUUAUUAGCUUCUAUAUAUUGCCCUAUAUCUAUACCUAAGAUAUUUCAUAUUGUUCUAAGAUCUAUCAGACAAGGUAUUGCGGGCAAUAAUCGUGAAUCUAAAUUAUCCGUUCGCGAGUUAAGUAUGAAACAUAACAAUUUGACGGCCAUUAUAUUAUUCGAAAAGAUUUUUAAUUUUCAUUUAACUAAACUAGAUUUAAGAUUUAAUCAAAUAUUAGAUGUCGAGUAUUUAAGAUAUUUUUCCGAAUUUAAGAUAACCGAACUUUGGUUGGAUGGAAAUCCCUUGUGUGCUCAAUAUAAGAACGCGCAAGAGUAUAUACAAGCAGUCAAAAAUAUCUUCCAACAUUUACAAAAGUUGGACGGAGUAAUAAUAGGUAUGGAGAAGAAAUUUAUACCAAAUUUACAAACUCAUUAUCUAGGAAAUGGUUCCAAAUUACCAUUAAUAAAACAAUUUGUUAAACACUUUUUUAUUAUGUAUGAUCAAGAAGACAGAUCCAUAAUGAACGGUCUAUACGAUAAAAAUGCGCUUUACUCUAUGACUUUAGGAACCGUCACUAAUUAUUUGCAUAAACAAGUAGCUAAAGUAUUUGUUACUAAUAGAAAUUUACUCAAAUUUGUCGAUUAUGCCAAAUGUCAUGAAUUUUUAUUACGUGGUCCUGAUAAAAUAAUAUCCGCAUUGAAGCGUCAACCUUCCACAUCGCACGACCUCCAUACAUUUAAUAUAGAUUUAUUAUACGAAACUAAUGAUCUUUUAGCUAUAUCCGUUCAAGGAAUAUUUUUAUAUAAAAACAUUUCUUCUUCUCCUAUGGUAUUCAAUAGAACAUUUAUUAUAGUUGGUAAAGAGGACAACGAAUAUUGUAUAACUAACGAUCAAUAUUUUAUAGAUGGAUCUAAUCCCAAUACUCUAACACAGAUAAAUAACAAAACCAAACAAGAUGUUAAAAAUAUAUACGCGUUUGUUCCAACUAUGUUUAGUCCAUCAGAGAAAAGUCAACUAAUUGUAUUUCUACAAGAACUAACAUCCAUGAACUCAGCAUUUUGUUUAAAAUUUUUAGAUGAUGUUAAUUGGGAUAUAAGACGGGCAAUUACUAAUUUUACACAAAUGUAUACCCUGAACGAUGUACCUCCGGAAGCUUUUAAGUAAAUCACUUUUAUAUCUUUUUCAAUCUUUAGAUAUAACAUAUAUGUAAUUAACAAUUUAUAUCUUUCAAUAUAUAUUUUGAAAUAAAACGUUUUCAAUUU